AUGAUUGGAACAGCAAAUAGUAUGGUGUAUAAGAAACAAAGUGACUUGUUGACUUUGUUCAAUACCUAUGACUACUUGUUCUGUGGUUCACAGUUCACUGUAUUUGUACACUGCAGACUAGGAUAUCGCAGGCUGACACAGUUACAUAGCAUCAGAACAAAGGUCUUUGUUCUAACAUCUGGAUUAAGUUUAAUAUGGCCAGCAAAAAAAAUUAGUGGCACACCAGCAGGAAACAAAAUAGAAUCUCCAGCAGUACUCGAAAAUGCAGAUAAAUUGUUUGAAAGUGGCCAUUUUGAGGAGUGCUACGAUUUACUAGCACAUUGUAAGGAUAACACUGUGGAUAUUCAAUGGCGUAUAUGUCGUGUUUUGUACAACAUGUCCAAAGAGCCCAAGUAUGAUAAAACAUACAGAAAAGAACUUGUACUAAAAGCAUAUAAGAUAAUAUCUGAGCAAUUAGUAAAUCAUCAGACACAUUUUGAAGUACAGAAAUGGUAUGCCUUGUUAUUAGAUGCAAAAAGUUCAUAUGAUGGUAUAAAAGAAAGAAUAAAACAACUAGAAAAUAUUAGGAAACAUAUGGAUCUUGCUGUUACACUCAAUCCAAGUGAUGCAACUACAUUACACAUGUUAGGAGAAUGGUGUUAUCAAGUUGCUGAGCUUCCAUGGCAUCAGCGUAAGAUAGCGGAAACUUUCUUCGCAUCUCCUCCUCAUGCUACUUAUGAAGAUGCUCUUGACUAUUUUUUAAGAGCAGAAACGGCACAACCGCGGUUUUAUAGUUUAAAUUUACUCAGGCUUGGAAAUUGUUACCUAAAACUAAAUAAGGAGGAUCAAGCCAAAUACUACCUUAAACUAGCGGCUAGCUAUCCAGCAAAAUCAAAUGACGAUCAUCGGGCAAACAAAGAAGCCGCUGAAUUGUUAAAAAAAAUAAAAUGACAGAUAAUUAAACUAUUUUAAUGAAGUACAUAAUUAGGUACCUAAUUUCAUUUAGUAGCUACUAACUUCUAGCUGGUACUAGUAAUUGAAAAUAAUUCGUAAAAAUAAUUUAUUUUUUUCUACAGUUUUAAAAACAUUGCAUAUCUGUUAUUCGCGCCAUGCAAUAACACAUGAAGCAUUUUAUCUACAAAUAUUUAUACAGAAUUCAGCAUGUUAUAUUAUAAUAUUAAUAAAUAAUAAUAUUAAAAUAUA